UCUUUCCCUUUUUUUUUUAUUUUGAUUCGUUUCUUUACGUAAUUGUAGAAUGCGCGCGCGCGCAAAAAACGAAUAAGAAAAUCCGCGCAAACGUUAUCAUCAUCCACAAGUGUUUCCCAUCGCGGCGCGACGGCAGUAGGCGACGCGCUUUCGUUGCGACCGUUUUUGUUUCAACAACUCCACCUCCAACUAUCCUAGGCAACGCGAUUCCUUUUUGUUUAUUCGUCAAUUUGUUUAUAAUUCUUUUGUUUCGACCUUCAAAUUUUCAUAGUCACAAUUUUCUUCAUUUUUUCUGUGAAUUGUUUCCAGCAAAACUUGUUUUUCUCUCUUGUUUUAUCAAAGCCGACGCGGAUAUCGUUGAUAAUGGAAUAACGCGGAAAUUAGAUUAAGAAUUUGCUGAAAUUCAGCGGCAAUUGUCCAAGUUGAUAACAAGCAGUGGAGUGUUUUUUCUUUUUUUUUUUUUGAAACAAAACACAACUAAAAACAGCAAGGAGGGAGAAAAAGUGGUGUUGUGUCUUUCAAAAAAAAAACUAAAAUUGUAUCCGUGUGCCACAAAAACGCAUGGGUUUUUUGGUUUGAGCGCGUUGCGGGUGGAGAUGAUGAAAAGGAGGAAAUCAGAGCUGGGUUGACCGCUGCAAUGGCCUUCAACGCAAUCACUUUCCAGCCGACGACGUCCUCGGCCAACGCUUCCGAAGAGAGUCACGAAUACCAGAAGGAAGAGCUCAACUUGUAUUACGCCGUCUGCGAGAUAAUCGUCGCGAUUCUGGCGGUCGUCGGUAAUGCCCUCGUGAUACUCGUCUUCCGUAAAGAGCGUCGUCUUCGUCGUCGCACUAACUACUACAUCGUCUCCUUGGCUGUCGCCGAUUUCCUGGUGGGACUUCUCGGCAUUCCGUUUGCGGUCAUGUCUUCCGUUGGAUUGCCGACGAAUCUGUACGCGUGUCUCUUCACCGUCUCACUGCUCGUCGUCCUCUGCACCAUAUCGAUAUUCUGUCUGGUCGCCGUCUCCGUCGAUCGUUACUGGGCCAUCCUACAUCCGAUGGGGUACUCGAGGAACGUUCGCACCAAAACGGCAUUGGGUGAGCAAAUAACGAUAGAUAGAAUGGACACAAAAGAUGCAUAUGAAAGCUGA